GGGGAGUGUUUUGGCAGUGUAAUUCAUACCGCUACCCUUACUCCCUUUCCUCCAGGCUCUGUACUCGAGUUUUCUCUUACGUAUCCUGUGUUAAUUUAUCUACAACCACGACCCAAAUUACUGCCUCUCUCCAGACUAUGAACGCCUCAAAUUGAACAACGAAACCCCGAUAUGAUUUAUGAGCUUGUGUGAGACCGUGUGUCAAGAGUCGGCGCUCGGAUCAAGUGGUUUACCAGCUUGUGGAGUGAAGGGUGGUUAGAAUCAGCAAUGGCCUCGACACAGUCAACGAAUGGUGAUGACGUUCCCAGCCAUGCCCAAACUCACGCUAGCCCAUGUUCUACUCCGAACCUUGCCCAAUAGCGUUAACCACUACCACGAUAAUUGAAUUUUACGAGUAUCGAUCCUUUCGCGCCAUUUCAGCGAGGUCGUCUGCUCGCGAGAGUCGCCAUCACAUCUGCUUCGUGACAAGUAUUUCACCAUAGACUGACCGACACCAGGACCUGAGGGUUGUGCAAGGAUUGUUCCAUUCAUUCAUUCCUCAGCGAGGCGGGAAUAUAGCCACUGAUAUAACCAUCCAGCAAAAUGUCGGCGUCUACGAAAAAAUCUAAAAAGUCGUCAAAGGAAAGCAUCCUUCAGAAGUACUCGGAGUCCCAGAUACGAGAGUUGAGAGAGGCCUUCCGACUGUUCGACAAGGAUGGAGACGGGUCUAUCUCCACGGAUGAGUUGGGCACCGUCAUGAGGAACCUGGGACAGUUCCCGUCAGGGGAUGAACUCAAGGAUAUGAUCAAGGAGAUAGACAUCGAUGGUGACGGCACGUUCACGUUCGAGGAGUUCGUACAGGUGAUGGCGAACAUGGGCGGCAUCAGCAGCGAGCAGUCGGAGGAGGACGAGGAGGAGGAACUCCGGCAAGCCUUCACUGUGUUUGACAAGUCUGGGUGUGGGUACAUCACGGCGUCUGACUUGAGGGCAGUGCUACAGUGUAUGGGAGAAGACCUCACUGAGGAGGAAAUUGACGAGAUGAUUGCCGAGGUCGACAUCGAUGGUGAUGGCAGGAUCGAUUUUGAAGAAUUCAUCGCUUGUAUGAAGGAAGAAAAGGAUGAAGAAAGUAAGAGCGAUGAUGACGACGACAAUGACGAUACUGGCAGCCAGAAUUCUCUCAACGACACCCCGAUGUAGAGUGCGAGCUCAGCGAAUGGGGUUUCAGGCGCUUGUUGUCGUGUGACGUGUACAUCGCCUGCAAUCUCUUCACAGCGACAGCCCGUUAGCGGAGCUCUGUACGACGACGUUGUGGCGCGUGCGGAAGGAGCUUUCGAAGGGAGUCCACCGCAGCAUCCAUUGAGAAUUGAUCCGUCAAAAGAAAUCUGUGACUUAUUUCAAAUAAUUAAUAACAAAUAUAUUUUGUAUGGGGUCUGAUUGUUGAUAUACAGUAUCACUGCUGGUAGUGUUUAUUUUCACAAAUUAUGGUUAAAAUAUAGGCACGUUUUCGUUUAGGUAUUUAUUUUAUAUAAAAACAUUAUCUUUUUCAAAAUAUUUGGUCCGUCAUCAAAUCUAUAUUCCUGUUAUCAGUGACCAUCUUUCCUGGCUUACCAGAGUGUGAAGAUUGUUAUUGUAAUAAUACAUUGAUGCGUUGCAUUAGUUAGUUGUAAGAUGGGUACCUGGUAGAAAAAUGGCAUUUUAGAAUAUUUCUCCUAUGGGCUACAGAUAAUAUUUUGCGUUUGCUUUUUAUCAUUAAACCGGGGAUGUUAGAAUGUACACGCUUUGCGCACAUGGCAGGUGGGUGUUAAAAAAUGAUAUGAUCAUGAAUAAAACUAAAGUGUGUUGUUAACUACAUUAUUUGAUGAGAUACUGAAACGCACAAAUAUUUGAGAGCCUUUGGCAAAAUGUACGUGGAUUGUUUUGGAAUUAACUUCAUAAAGGGUCAAGAAUAGCUUAUCAUAUGGCAAAUCAGUUAAUGAUAUCAUUAGUGGUAGAUGUGUAAAUUGUUUUGUUGAAUUUCGACAUGUAUGUGUCUGUAUAUAUAGCGACUCGUUCUUAGUACUGUUAAAAUGUAUAAUCUCGCUUUGCAUUUUUUUAAUUGUUUCACUUUUUCACACUGCCAUUUAUUUAUUACCAUUGACACGUAGCUGUUAAUUUAUGUACUUGUCAAGACGACUAUUCCUAAAUGCCAGAAUAAAUAUGUUCCUGGUGGAAAA